AUGAAUGGUGUGUUCAGAUUUCACCCUAAGUGCAAAAGAAUUCCCCUCACUCAUCUUUGUUUUGCUGAUGAUUUGUUAUUGUUUUGCCAUGGGUCUUUGGAUGCUAUAUUGGGAGUAGUUAGUACGCUUGAAAAGUUUUAUGAGAUCUCAGGUCUUAAGUUGAAUGCUUUAAAGUCUGAGUUGUUUGCUUGUGGAGUGGCUAGGGAUGAGCUUGAAGUGAUCCAGAGUGCUACUGGUUUUAAGUUAGGCCAGCUUCCUGUUAGAUACCUUGGGAUACCCUUGGUCACUCGAAAGCUCUCAAGUAAGGACUGUUCUGCCUUGCUUGUGAAAAUCAAAGGUAGAAUUGACAAUUGGUCUAGUAGGAAACUCAGCUUUGGUGGUAGAUUGCAGCUUGUGAAGUCUGUCAUUUUCAGUAUAUUUGGUUACUGGUGCAGGCAGGUUAUUCUGCCUAAAGGGGUUAUGAGGGAUAUUGAGAAAAUUUGCUUGAGGUUCUUUUGGAAGGGCAGUGAUACUUCAGCAAGAGGGGCUAGAGUCAGCUGGAAUCAGAUUUGUACCCUUAAAUCUGAGGGUGGUUUGGGCCUUAGGAAGCUGGCUGAUUGGAGCAAGGCUUGUUGUUUCAUGCUUAUUAAAAACAUUCUUGCUGGGGAGGGGUCCUUAUGGAUUGCCUGGGUAAAAUCUUACUGUUUUAAAUCAGUACACUACUGGGAGGUUGAUAGUAAAGCUCAAUUUAGUUGGACUCUCCGCAAGCUGAUCAAAAUGAGAGAGGAAGUUAGAAGACUUUUCUGUUCUAUGGCCAAUCUGUCACAGAUUAAGGGCAGUUGGAUUUGGGAAAAUAUUAGACAAAGGAGAGAAAAGGUUGACUGGCAUCGGCUGAUCUGGUUCCCAGCUCAUGUUCCUAAAUUCUCUAUGGUUGCUUGGAUGGUGAUGCUGGAUAGACUGACAACAAAGGACAUACUUGGGCGUUUUGGUAUUGUGACUGACAAUCUAUGUGGUCUGUGUGGGGCUAGUCAGGAAACUCGUAACCAUCUGUUCCUGGAAUGCUCCUAUUCUUGUGAGGUUUGGCGCUCUAUUAUGAACUUUUAUGGUUUGCAUUACCAACUGCCGAGUUGCUGGGAUGAUGCUAUACGCUGGAUGGUCCUGAACUUUAAAGGUAAAUCCCUCUUGAUUUAUAUUCUCAAGUUAGCUUGGACUAGUUUUGUCUACUUUAUCUGGGAGGAGCGAAAUCACAGAUGUUUUAGAGGAGUGACUCGCUCGACUGACUUAAUUGUAAAUAGAAUUAGUGAGACUGUUAGAAUCAAGCUUCAUAGAUGUCAUAUGAAUAGGUCUGAUGCUGUAAAUAGUCAGUUGUGCCUCAAUUGGGGGCUGAUAUUGUAG